AUGACCGCCAUCUUUAGGCCGCAUCCGAAGUGUCAGGAGCCACGGAUUGUUUUGAUUGAAGGGGAUCCUGGCAUGGGAAAAACCACCUACUCACAAAAACUGGCGUAUGACUGGGCAAACAAACAAUAUGAAUGGGACGAGUCUUUUCCAGUGAUUGAAGUGCUGCUCUUGCUUCGAUGCAACGAUAUUAAAACUAGCAUUGAGGAAGCCAUUGAUGAUCAAAUUCUUCCUCGUGAUAUCGACAAAGAGGCUAAGGAGACUUUCUUCAAAUACAUCAAGGAAAACGAGUCCAAAGUGCUGCUUCUACUUGAUGGCUUAGAUGAGGCAGACUCCUGUAAACAAGAGAUGUUCCUCUUACUUGUUCAGAGUAGAUUCUUCCCAGCUUGCCACAUUGUCAUUACUUCGCGUCAUGAGGACGGAAAGGAAAUAAGGCCAUACUGUGACACACUGUGGGAGAUUGUAGGAUUUACUAAAGAGGAUUCCAAAAGCUUUAUCAGAAAAUAUUUUCAGGGCAAGGAUCACUUAGCUGAGAAUUUGAUUAAACGUGUUGAUCUUUGGUAUGAUUACCCAACUGAUGAUAACCGCGGCUUCGCCGAUUUGAUGAAAAAUCCACUUAAUGUGGCUUUAAUCUGUUCUAUUUUUGAAGAUUCCGAACACGUUUUUUCAAAAAGCAGAACCCGAUUGUACAUUGAAAUCGCUCUCCUUGUUUUGAGACGAUAUGAAGAAAAAUAUGGGCUUGCAAGUAGCCAUGAAGACUUGAUUUCAGUUUACAGGAAAGAACUUUUGCUUUUGGGCAGCUUCGCCUUAGAUUCCCUCCGUAAGGGAGAGUUGUACUUUGAAAAAAAUAACGAUAUCGUCAACGCUUUCAAUUUUGGGUUCUUGUCUUUUCAACAAGGCGGCACCAGGAGCAAACCUUGCACGCGCUGUGCAUUUUUACACAAAAGCUUUCAGGAAUUUUUUGCUGGACUUUAUCUUGCGUUUCAGAUUAUCGACGGACAAACAGACUUUGCCCAAGUUUUAACCGAUGAAAGAUAUUUGAAGGAACUGAAAGAGGUUUUAUUGUUCAUGAGUGGAAUCAUAGCUUCAAACAAGGAGGAAACUGGAGAAUCCAUCUUUAUUAGUAUGGCUGAGCAUAUUAGUGGUCUUCUCCGCACAUCCGACCAAAAAGUGAAAUCGUAUAUGACGUUGGCUUGUUCAUGUUUAGUUGAAUACUUUUUAAGCCUUACAGGACGGCAUUUUAACGAAAAGAAAGGUGUAACUACCCCAGAGAAUACGUUCGGUAUGCACCUUGACAUGUCUUCCUUGACUAAAGUAGAUUUGUCUACCACUGACAUACAGGAUGCUGGUGCUGCUGCGAUUUCCGUGGUCCUCGAAAACAACUCCUCCCUAACUUAUUUGGAUUUGAGUUUCAACAACAUUAAUGGCGACGGAGCUUUUUCUCUUUCCAAGGCCCUCACAGAAAACUCUUCCCUGAUUUCCUUGAAAUUAAGUUUUAACAAUAUUAGUGACGUUGGUGCUUCCGCUCUUUCCCAGGCCCUCACAGCAAACUCCACCCUGCAUUCCUUGGAUUUGAGUGGCAGCGGGAUUGGCGACGCUGGUGCUUCUUUUCUUUCCACGGCCUUAACAGCAAACUCUUCCCUGACUCGUUUGGAUUUAAGUGCUAACAGUAUUGGCGACGCUGGUGCUUCUUCUCUUUCCACGGCCCUAACAGCAAACUCUUCCCUGAAUCAUUUGGAUUUAAGUGCUAACAGUAUUGGCGACGCUGGUGCUUCUUCUCUUUCCACGGCCCUAA